AUUUUUUUUAUUUUUUAAUUUCGAAUUAAUUAUUAUUUUUCAUUGAAUUUUAUUUGUUCUGCAUAAUUCUGUUGGGAUUAUAUAUAUUUUUUUGAUUGCAUUGGUACUAGAACAUUGAAGAAGUUGGUAUUAGACUUUGUUCUAAUUUGGUGACGUAGUAAUUCAAUGUGUUAUUAGGGUUUGAUUUUUUCAGUUGAAUGAAAUUUAAGAUAUUUAUGAGGUUUUGUAUUUUUUUUUUUUGAAGUAGAAUUAGCAUUCAUAGAUGUAGUUUUUAAAUUAUUAUUACUUUGAUGUUUUUGUUGUAUUAAGAGUUGAGAUGAUUGUUGUUAAUGUGAUUUUUAUUUUCUUUUUAGAUGAUUUCAGUUUUGAGAGGGAUUUCAGUUAAAUUCAAAGAACGUGGUGUGAUGACAGAGUAAUUUCAUAAUAUAUCUCUUAUUUCAAUCCGUUAUUAUUUUUACUAUUACCAUUUACCACACUUCAGAAAUAGAGCUAGUGUUGUCAAAUAUCGUCGGGCAUGAUGGAUAUCGGUUGCGGCUUUUGGGCUCUCCGCCGUCAUCAAUUUCGGCCGAUAUAGCGGCGUGCUGGCGCCAUUUGGCUCUCCGCCAUCGACGACAUUGAGUAGAGCAAUUAACUUUACUCAAAUGUUUUGUGAAGAAUGCAUUGUUUUAAUUUAUAGAUUUAGAGUUAGGGACCUAGUAAGACUUGAGCUAUAAGAGAUGUAUUUGAAAAUGUUUGAGGACAUUUUUGUGCAUUAACCAUCUCCUCUGAAUGCAAGGUUACAGAAUAGUGUUGUCUUUCUGUUGGUUGUUGAAAAGAGUGAAAACAAACUCUACUUAUUAAUUCAAUUUGACAUGGAACAAGUUCAAACUUUGAAACUGUUAAGAGUCCCACAUCGGUAGGUGCUGGUCGUGAGUUAAGAGUCCCACAUCGGAUAGGUGAUGGCCUGACAAUGUGUUUAUAAGUGGGGGCACCACAAUUUCUAAGAGAAACUUAAACCACUUAAUAUUUUUUUUUGUACAAUAUGGAAUUUAUAAAUCCAACUAUUGAAAUCAAAGUUCUUAUAAAGUAGAUCUAGCUUAUAAAUUUGCACACGAAUGAAAAAUUAAUUGAUACUUCAUUACACUACAUUCUUUUAACGUAAAAUAUGUGAUUUAAAAUACAAGUAGAUCUUUUGUGUAUUAGAUAACAUACCUACAAUGUCCAAAUUAUUUGAAAGAUAUAUAACCUGAAAGAUAUUUGAUAAUAUAGCAUGAUUGCCCAGUCACAUUAGUUAAAUUUAUAUUUGACAUGAAGUUAUUAUGCAGAAUCUGUGUUUUUUUUUGAGCAAUUAUGCAGAAUGUGUUAAAGUUUGACAUUGAUGGCAUUUGAUCCCGUCUCAUUUGUUAUAAUUACUGUUGAUAUUUGUAAAACGCACUCACUUGUGUCUUUAUUGAGCUCAGAUAUUAUCCUUUUAUGUACACAUACACUUUCUAUUCACAUCGACCACAUGGCGAGGUGGUUGAUCCAUGCAAUGGUCUUUGGUAUAGGACUUGUGUUCAGUGAUAGUUAUAAGCUUCAUUUUCCUUUCCGUUGACAGUUUAUUAAUAGAAAAUUACUUGUAUACAAUUCAUCCUAAACUAGGCAUUUCAAGUAAAAACCACAGGAUCACACUCAGCAUGUAUGAGAAAGAAACCCCUUACAUAUCGAUUACUCCAUUUUAUAAGAAUGGUAGGGAUGAUAGUUUAUUAAUAUAAAAUAUAAAUCACAGGAUCACACUCUAUUCAAAACCGUAAUGUGAUUUCCAUGUAUUUGGAAAACCAUUCAUGGCCAAGCAUGCACCCAAUAUAGAAAUAAAGAAGUUUUAACUUCCACUUCAUUUAUUUUAGGUAUCACCUGAAUCUGUAAAGAAGUUUGUCAAACAAUUUAUGAUUCAGAACACUGAUAUGAGACUUGAAUCAGGGACUUGUAACGUGUGUUCGGCUCCUUGUUCAUGUUGCAUGCAUCUUAAUCAAGCUCUUAUGGAGUCAAAGGCUGAAGAAUACUCUGAUGAAAACUGUCGCUUAGUUGAGGAUACUCGGUAUCCUGCAGACGAGGGUGAUGGAUCUUAUGUUAGGGGCAGAACUUGUGAAAGAUUGAAGCAUUCUGACAGUGAAACCAGUAACAUGCCUAGUAUUUUCUCCAGUCACGAUUCUCUAUCUGAAAAUACCGAGAGUAAACAGAUCAUUUCAGAAAAGUGUCAGGAUUCUAAGUGUUUAGAAGGUCUUGAUGAUAGCAUUUGUUGUAUCAGUGGAGCCAGUAAUGCUAAUUUAGUAAGUUGUAGUAAUCAAAUAACUUCAGACAAAAUAAAUAUAUCUUCUAGUUCAGCUUCAGUUAGUCUCUGUGUGCCACAAGGGUCUGGAAUUGCGCAAUCUGUUGAUAUGUUGGGUUCAUCUGAAAUUCUCUCAUCUAAAUAUGCAGACAUUCCGGAAAAAUUGUCAGAAUGCUGUAUGGAAAAUGUCGAUUCAUCUCUGACCAAAGAUAGAGAACCUAUUAUUGUUUCUGGUGAAAAAUCUCUUCCAGAUAAGGGUGAAUUUGUUAGUGGUACGGCCGAAGUGUCACAAAAAAUGUAUCCAAAGUCAGAAGCUGAUGCUGACAACGAUGUUAGUGUUGCUGAAGAUGGGGAUCAUAAAUGUUCAGCCCCUGAUGGGCUGCAUGAGAAGGCUGAGGAGCAGGAUGAAGUACUUGGGAUAUCUGUACCUCAACCAGAAGAUGAGAGUGAUGAAUCAGAUUUUGUUGAGCAUGAUGUAAAAGUAUGUGACAUCUGUGGAGAUUCUGGUCGUGAGAACCUGCUUGCCAUAUGUAGUAGGUGCAGUGAUGGUGCAGAGCACACAUACUGCAUGAGGGAAAUGCUUGAAAAAGUGCCUGAAGGGGAUUGGUUUUGUGAGGAAUGCCAAUAUGCUGAAGAGACUGCCAACCAAAGAUUGGAAGGAAAAAGUGGUCAUAAAGUUAGUUCCACUUCUCAAAUUACUGGCAAAAGGUCUUCUGAAAUCAUGGAAUUAGUUGCAGCAGCAAAGAGGCGAGCCCUCGAAUCACGCACUGGAUCACCGAAGGCAUCAAGCCCCAGGAGAUUAGUUCCAUUGUCACGGGAGUCUUCAUUCAAGAGCUUAGACAAUGGAAAGGAGAAACCUGUUCAAACUUCAAGGAGAAUGGGUACAUUGUUGAAAUCUUGUUCAUUCAACAACUUCAGUUCCAAAUCAAGAGUCAAACUUGAUGAUGAUGUUCCUCAAAAGCAGAAAGGGGGUGGUGAACAUGUCUCUAAGAACACGGAGACUCCUAUCAGGACAAUAGGAAAACCAAUGUCAUUCAAAUCCUCAAAUUUGGGUCGUGCUACUGAAUCAAAAGUUAAAAUGCUUUCUCCUAAGUCUGGAACUGCUCAGGAUUUGAAAGGAUCAAGCCUUGCAAAAGAAUCAGGUGUAUUUGACAGGAAAUCUCUGUCUAGGAUUGAUCGGCCUGUCGUCUGUUCAACUAUGGCUAGUUCUGUCAUUUCCACACACAAUCAGAAGCUUACACCUCGUGGUGAAACUGUUAAACCUUUAGCAAUUAACUGCAACCGGGAUUUUAAAGUUAACCAUGAUGGGAAAUCAAGUUCAUUAUCAAAGUCCGUUAAUAAUAUAAGCAACAAAAGUUCAGAACCUCAAGUUAUUUCAGAGAAAAUGUCAACCAGUGUGGAUGACACUCAAUUGGAUGGGCUACCUCGAUUACAAGAAACAGAAAACCAGGUUGACAAAACAAAAGAUAGUUAUACUCAUCGUGUGAGGUCAGAUACUGAUGCUUCAAAAUCUCCGUUCUGUCAUAAAUGUAAAGAUUUUGGCCAUGCUACAGAAUGCUGUACAGUUAGUGUAGCACAAGAAUUUGGUACUGAUGGAUCACUUAAUGCCGUAAGUAGUCCAAAAGAGUCACAUACAAGUAAUAGAUUGAAAGCUGCAAUUCAGGAAGCUUUGCUUAAAAGGCCUGAAAUACACAAGAAGAAAAAUCUAAAUGAUCAAACUGAUCAGUUUCCUCCAUCAGGCACAAUCUUGAAAUGUAAAGUCAGUUCUCAAGACCAAGUGGAGGUCUCUGCUUCUAACACACUGAAAAAUAGUAUUUCUGUUGUAGAAAUCAAUGCCAGGCAGGAAAUGCUAGGGAAUUCUACAUCUGAAACGUCCAAAUGUUUGUCUGGUAACGAUUUGAAGCAACUUAAAACUGAUUUUUGCUCUCAACUGAAAAAGUCAGAUUCUGGUAUUCCUGCUUCUGAAAAGCCUGUGUUGAGAGACUUGCCAUAUCAUGCUUCGGCAAAUUCAAGUGUUACAUCAGAGAAGUCAGCCAUUCCAGAAUACAAAUACAUAUGGCAGGGUGUCUUUGAAGUGAAUGGAAGUGGAAUGUCUCCUGACCUUUAUAACGGGAUUCAAGCACAUUUAUCCUCGUGCGCUUCCCCCAAGGUUCUUGAUGUAGUGGACAAGUUCUUACCUGAAAUUUCCCUGCACGAAGUUUCUCGCUUGAGCACAUGGCCUUCACAUUUUCAUCAAUGUGGUGCUAAAGAAGAUAACAUUGCUCUUUACUUCUUCGCCAAAGACAUUGAAAGUUACGAGAGACACUACAAGGGUCUGCUGGAUCACAUGAUUAGACAUGAUUUAGCACUCAAAGGUUUUUUUGAUGGCGUCGAACUUCUCAUAUUUGCUUCCAAUCAGCUCCCUGAAAAUUCACAGCGUUGGAAUAUGCUGUUUUUUUUAUGGGGCAUAUUUAGAGGGAGGAGGAUUAAUCAUUCAGAUUCUGCAAAAGAUAUUGCUUUACCUAGUUUGAAUGUGGCGGUGUCAAAUGAGAAGGAUUUUCCGACUGCUGUCAUGACCUUGUCUGAUACCCGCUGUUCACCAGUGCGCAUCGAUGAAGAAUCAAUAGCUUGUGGUGAUAUUUUCAGUGAACUUCCAGCCACUUCUGUUGACCAAGGUCAUAUUAUGCUAAGUAGGGAUUUUGAUAUAAAAGAAACUAUUUUUGACCAGACACAUUUGGGUUCACAAGUAAACUUCGACAGGCAAGAUAGUAGAAUCAGUGCCAAAUCUUCGUCAAGGAUUUCAACAAAUGGUAUACAACCGUGUCCAGAAAUGAAUUCCACUGGUUCAUCUCUGAAACAGAAAGGUAGUUUGUCAGAGCAUGGACUGCACAGAGGGUCAAAACCUCUGGAAGAGGUGGGAAUAAUUGUAAGAGCUAUGACUGUGGAAACAAAAGCUAAUUGUGGUAUUUCUGUCAAGCAAGAGAACUCCGUGUCUUCAAGGAUUCCUCAUGUUGACAAUCAAGAGGUACUCACUGCAAACAGCACCAGGAAAGAUAAAAUUUCAGAGAGAACAAACAAUAAUGAAAAUCAUCGAAGGCCUAAAAGGAAAGAGAGAGAAGAUGGUCUCAAUAUUAAUGUAGAAGCAACUUUUCAGGGAGAUCUGGCCAUAGAAGCGGUCAGCUGUCGGCUACCUAAUGUUAUAAAAGUUGAGCAUAUAGACCAUUCUGACACAGUUAUGGACGCUUCUGCAGCUGGCUGUCAGGAAAUGCCUCGGAAUAAGAUAGAUGGGAAGUUGGAAGAUACAGACAGUUCUAGCAAGCUGCAGUCAGGUUUCAGUGGAAUCUAUGGAUGUUACAGUUCUGUAGCUAGGGAUUCUUUGAAUGGAAGUUCUGCAUCACUUGUAAACGAUUUUGGUUCCGCAUAUUCAGUUGAAGACAAAGGAUGCAAAGAAGCUUGUGAUGAGAAAAUCAUCCACGAGGACCUUGGAACGACGGAAAAAACCUUCUUCCCUAUUGAUACGCACAAUACAAAUGACUCACGAUUGGUGCUGGAUAGCAUGUCACUGAAAGGGCCUCACUGGAGCGGUGACCAAUUUGAAGUUGGGAUUCCACGUCUCGAGCUUGCGUUGGGAGGUGAAAUGGAACAGUCACUGGAGGGUACGCGUCCUUUCUUUGCUGGGAUAGCUGAUAAGAAAAGUAACCAGGAAAAGACUCCAGAUUGUUUGGAAGCUGAGCAAGAGGAUGGCGACAGUGUUGCCGCAUCUCUUUCCCUGUCUCUAUCUUUCCCAUCUUCAAACAAGGAACCCACAAAACAUGCUUCAAAAGAUGAGCAUUUGCCUGAUGUGCAUCACAUGAAUUCUUCGUUGCACCUUUUUGGGAGAUUUACUGACAAAUAAGUAUGCUGGUAUUUCUCAUGUACAUUCAACUGUUUGAGAUUCCUUCGUUAAAGAUAGAAUACAUCAUGUAGUACACCUAUGCACCUGUCCAUGUGCCCAGCAAGAAUCAGUAAGUUUUUUUUACCCUUUGAUAAAAUAUACAUGUUUUGUAAUAAUAGUAUCAUUUUGGUUCAAGAAUGCACUAGGUACGGCUGUUUGUAAAUAGAGAUAACUUAAAGCUGAUAUUAUCUCAGAAAUGUUACUAGGAACUUGCGGAUGACUAUUUUUAUGACAUGGUUUCCUAUGUUCCUGGCUUUAUCAUC